ACGAAAACACUCAGACAUUCAAUUGUGGGGCAAUUUGGGAUUUCGACUCACUUCACGGCAGUUCAGCUCUCGAGAUCGAUUUCUCUCAAGAGCAACUCAUCCCAUUCUAUGUACCAACGUAAUCGACUCAAUCUGUCUUAAUUAGCACCGACCUAGCUAAUAUGCCCUAACGACGAAGUCAGAAACCCGCAGUCCGCGCCGUCUUUUUCCUUCCUUUUAAGUAAUUUGCUUUCUGCCAAUGUUGGCCUUUAUAUGAUAAACGGCGACGUAUCGGCGCCAAUAUGUCGAGAAUAUCCCGACUCGCUCAAUAUGGCUUGAGCACCUCCGGUCUAGCUCCGGGAGCCCGACCGAUGCUGGCCACCGGCGCCCGGUCGCCUGGUGAGGUCUCCGUGGCGCGGCUCUCACAGGGUCCAUCAUGGAGGCCGAUGUCUGCACUUGAUGAUUGGGUCGCAAAAAAGGCCCGACCGGUCAGCCUCCGCCAGCUCAUGUUUUUUGGACGCUCGCUGAACGAGGCUCGUCUGCUCAGCUCGGCCAACUAUGUCCGCACGGAGCUACCUACCCGCCUGUCCCACCGCAUCCGGGACAUGCAGAUGCUGCCUUACCAGGUCGUGUCGAAUCAGCACAUAGCCGAAGUCUAUAACAUGUACUGGACCGCCUUCGACACCUUCCGCAAGGUCAAGGAGGUUAAGUCGCUAGCCGACAACGAUUCCUUCUGCGAGGUUAUCAGUGGGAUGCUCAAGACCCACCUCACUGUUAUCCCGAAGCUAGCCAUGGGUGUGCUUGAGUGUAGUGGACUCAUGGACCCUCAGGAACUUAACGGCUUUAUGAACCGCAUCUUGCAGUCCAGAAUCUCUCGCCGCGUCAUCGCAGAACAGCACGUGACCCUCACACAGUCCUUCCGCAACCAGACUCAACCGUGGUCGCCGCCAGCCGGAGAAGCCGCGGCGGUAGCGGCAACAUUGGGAUCGGCCAGCCCUAUAGCCGAAUCGUCGGACUUUGUCGGCAACGUCCUCGUCAGGUGUGUUGCCCGCGAUGUCGUCGACCGCUGCGCCGCGGCCGUGCACUCUUUGGCGCGGUCCGCACACGGGGAAGACGUCCCGCUGCCUGAGAUCCGCGUCGUUGGCCACCUGUCGGCCAACUUCCCCUUUAUCCUCAGCCACCUUGAGUACAUAAUCGGCGAGCUGCUGCGCAACAGCGUUGACGCCUCUGUCGAGCAGCACCAAAAGUCUGGCAAACCCCCACCACCCAUCGAGGUCACCAUCUGUGAGUCGUCGCAGCAUGUCAUCAUCCGCGUAUCAGACCAGGGCGGCGGCGUCGCGCGAGACAUGCUUCCUUACCUAUGGUCGUUCAGCAAAGGUCCCCACAGCGACCGGCUGCUACAGAACCUCAAGCACGUGCCCAAGAUGGCCGCCACGCUGCAGGAGGUGCGCGCUGAGGAUGACGGCAUCCUGUCGAUCCCGCAGAUCACAACUGACCAGAGUGUCCUGUCAUCGCUCUCGUCUUUGUCGUCACGACCGCCGAAUCUGAAAUUGGGUGUAGGCCUGCCUUUGAGUAGAGUAUACGCCGAAUACUGGGCUGGGAGUCUUGAACUCCACAGCCUUGAGGGCUACGGGGUUGACACAUUCCUCCAAAUAUCGAAGCUUGGGAAUAAGAACGAACAGCUUGCUACCAGGGCAAGUAUGGACGCUGUGUGAAGGACAAAUUGGCAUAGUUACACACAUUUACUUUUACGGGCAACGAGCACACAAUACCAUCAGUGGUCGAGAGGAGACUGCUGGCACGGCAUCAAGAUAAUCAACCUCAUUCCGAGCCGAGCCAAGUAUGUUGGAGCAACGCUGCUAACCAGCGACUUGCACUCCGUCUGGAAAUUGUUGGGUUGUAGAAUAGCAAAGUAUAUAGUAGGAGGGAGGUUGACUUUGGAUAGCGAGGUGUGCGUUUGACCUGUUUACCUCACACACGACAACUUGGUACGAACGAAUUACCCGAAACUACCAUUAAACAAAGACAGCCAUUUUUUUGAUUAUAUUGGUAUCACAACUGCGAGGCUGAAUUACAUCACAACUAAGUAAGUCUAAG